AUGACUUCGUUUAUAUUCAGAAUGCUGCCUGGUUUUGGCUUUCCGUUACUGAACGUGAAUCCAGGACUAGUUGCUGGACAGCAGCUAUUGCUUAAUGCAAACGCGUUGCAGCGUGUGAUGGUCUCUACAGGGAAUACAUUCAUAGGUGAUUUUCCAGUGAUGGUGUCAACACCAAAUACUCAGUAUGUAAGUGUACCAAUGCCGAAUGCGGCGACUCCUCAUAGUGGUCGUCCGACACCCAUGCUUGUGCCGCCAGGAAUGGCUGCUGAAGAUGGAAGUAGUGAUAGUCCCCAAGCACAUUCGGCACCGCCAGCUUCAACGGAGUGUCCAUGGACAAAGCAUGAGACUGCUGAUGGUCGAGUGUAUUACUAUAACAAGGUGACAAAGGAGUCGUCAUGGAACAAGCCCGAUGAGUUGAAAACUCCGCAAGAACGUCAAACGAUUGAAAUUAAGCGUUCAACUCCAACUGCAACUUCUGCUAAUGGCAUAUGGAAAGAGUAUAAGACGCCGGAAGGUCGUGCUUAUUAUUACAAUACGGUUACAAAAGAAACCACAUGGACGAAACCGGAAGGAUUCAGUGCUCCAGUUCCUGCUGCCGCUGCAGCUACGACAACGGCUACUACUGAGACUACGGAGACCACGACUACCACGACUGCGACCGUCGCUGAGGAGGUGAAAACAGAACAUGUAGAUGCGCCCGAAGAAUCUAAAGAAGAAAGUGAGAUGGAUAAAGCCAUGAAGGCAACCCUUGCCUCAAUGACGGUCCCGCUACCUGCUCCAGCGCCUGUAGAACCAAUUGAGGUGCCGGUUGAAGUACCAGUGUCAGAAGACAACGAACAGGAUUUGAAAAAGCGUCAAGCUGAGCGAUUCAGAGAUCUGCUGAGGGACAAGUACAAUGAAGGCAAAAUAACGUCGACUUGUAACUGGGAGCAUGCGGUCAAGCAUAUCCAGAAUGACCCACGUUUCCGUAUCUUGACUAAGGUAUCGGAAAAGAAACAGCUUUUCAAUGCAUGGAAAGUACAACGUCAAAAAGAGGAACGGGAUGAGAAACGUUUGGCGAUAAAGAAGGCAAAGGAGGAUCUCGAAAAAUGGCUUCAAGAUCACCCAAAGAUGAAACCAGGUUUGAAGUACACGAGAGCUCGGGAAAUCUUUGGUAAGGAGGCAGUCUGGCAAGCUGUACAUGAAGAUGAUCGACAGGAUAUUUUCCGUGAGGCGCUUGCCUAUGUGACGAAAAGAGAUGCUGAUUUGAAUCGCGAGACGAGGAAGCGUAAUAUCAAAGCAUUGGCAGAGAUUUUGGAGAGUAUGGAUCAAAUCACGUACAAAACCACAUGGGCUCAAGCACAGCGUCUUCUAAUAGAGAAUCCGCAGUUCGCAGACGAUACAACACUACAAAGUAUU